AAACUACAAACAUGGAAGGAGGAGGAUGUUACUAGCAUCCGCCGUAGUGGUAUGGGAAUGGCUGAACGAGCACGGACGCUGGCGGCCCUACAGCCCGGCUGUCUGUCAUCACAUCGAGGCAGUCAUCCGGAGCGACCCGCGGUGUGGUAGUGUUGUCCUCGGCCAGGUGGACUCUCGCCUCUCGCCCUACAUCAUCGAUUUGCAUUCCAUGCACCAGUUCCGACAAGACACAGGUACCCUUCGACCGGUACGACGUAGCUUCUACGACCCCACCUCAGCGCCGGGCCAGGGCUGGUUGUGGGAGUGGGAGAACGACGCUGGCAGUUGGACGGCGUACGACACGGAGGUGGGCAUCGCCAUCCAGGCGGCACGAGAUCGUCAGCAGCCCUGGCUGGACCUGGCGCCGCUGGGUUUCUGCUACCUCAUUGACUUCGAAAGCAUGACCCAAAUCAACGGGCAGACGCAACGCUGCCGACGCAUCCAACGCCGCUCCGACCUAGCUUACCCGCUGGUCUCCGGGCCCCUGCCCAAAUCACACCACGCCUGGGGGCCCAUGUCCAUGCCAAGCCACGGAGGACUGCUCGGUGUGGAUGUGUCCGGAGUGGGCAUGGGGAUCCGGAUGAGCAGCAGUGGGACUGGAAACGGGAGCGCGUACCCCAGUGGGGCGCUUCCUGCCUCGGCCAUCACCUCGUUGGGACAGCCGUGCGCCUGUCAGCAGUGCAUGUUGGUGCUAAGUGUCAAAGCGGGCGCCAUGUCUGCUCACACUCUGGGUCGCAGACCGCCACAGACCAAACCCCCCAGUCCCAAAAUCAGCAGUUACCCCAUCUCAGGAGGGUCGUACUCACUAACGCUCCCUCGACCGCCGUCCCUGUCACGGUCCUUUUCCCCCCACAGGACGUCCAUAGUUGGGGCAACAGGUGGCUACAGUUUGGGUGGCGCAGGAGGUAUGGGUAUCGUUGGUGGUGGCGGUGUCGGCAGUGUUGGCAGUGCCAGCCUCGGCUACGGAGGAGGCUUCCCCCACUCUCUGUCCCUCCUUGGCUCAGCCACCGCCGCCCUCUCAAUCUCCUCCACCCGCCCCCCACCCCCCCCUCUCCCUCCUCCUCCACCACCUCCUCCUCCGCCCUCCACCACCCUCUCAUCUGCUGCCACCUCUCCCCCUCACCCUUCCACCUCGUCCUCCCUCUCAGCUUCCUGUUCUGCCCCCACGGCGCCCGCUCCAGGCCCACCUCUCAUCUCCACAGCUGCCUCCACCUGCACACCCUCGCCUUCCGCCCGUGUCCUGGGUCCAGUGUCUUCGUCCGGUGCUGCUGCUUGCGCGGCCCCCCUGCCGCCGCGAUCCAGCCUAGCAGGGCUAAGCCGACCUGCACUGCAGCGUAUCGCCAUGGCUCAGUCUCGUGCCCUUAUCGCCUCUGGAGUGCCAACUGUUCCAGUGAAGAACCUGAAUGGAUCAAGCCCUGUACACCCUGCUCUGGCAGGCAUUACAGGCAUCCUGAUGAGUGCAGCAGGGCUUCCUGUCUGCCUGACCCGCCCUCCUAAGCUGGUGCUUCAUCCUCCACCCGUCAGCAAGAGCGACAUCAAGCCCGUCCCUGGCCUGGGCCACUGCUGUCGCAAGACCACAAAGAAACAGGCUCGCAAAGGGAAGACCCCCGAAGAGGUGGUGAAGAGAUACCUUCAAAAAGUCCGUAAUCCCCCAGAGGAGGACUGCACCAUCUGCAUGGAGGCCCUGGCCGGACCGUCGGGCUACAAAGGCCCCGGUGUCGGUGGCAUCUCCCGGGCGGAGUCGGUGGGCCGCCUGGCACAGUGUGGUCACCAGUACCACCUCCAAUGCCUCGUUGCUAUGUACAACAACGGCAACAAGGACGGCAGCCUGCAGUGUCCCACCUGCAAGACCAUCUAUGGAGUCAAGACCGGCAACCAGCCCCCAGGCAAGAUGGAGUACCACGUCAUCCCCCACUCUCUCCCCGGCCACCCGGACUGCAAAACCAUCCGUAUCAUUUAUAACAUCCCUCCUGGCAUCCAGGGCCCAGAGCACCCAAAUCCAGGCAAACCUUUCACUGCCCGCGGGUUCCCCAGACACUGCUACCUCCCUGACAGCGAGAAGGGACGCAAGGUUCUGAGGCUUCUUCUGGUGGCGUGGGACCGCCGGCUCAUUUUCUCCGUGGGCACAUCCAGCACCACCGGCGAGUCAGACACAGUCAUCUGGAACGAGGUGCACCACAAGACGGAGUUCGGCUCCAACCUGACGGGCCACGGCUACCCCGACCCGGGCCACUUGGACAACGUUCUGGAGGAGCUCAAGGCUCAGGGCAUCACUGAGGAGGAGUGCCUACCGAGAGACUGAACAGAGACAUUCAAGACGCCGAAGACACGAGAUUAAAAACACGACCCUGGGACGCAAUCCACAGAUGAGACGAAUUAUUUUCAGAAUCUGAUAAGAACGACAGAACUUUAACCGCCAGAGAUGGACUUUAAAACUCUUUGCAGGAACGUUACAGAAAUUGUUUCGGCAGUAUUUGCUGAGAAUAACAUGUCUCAUAUGACUGCAUGAGUUUCGAUGCGUGGGGAAUCUUUUUUUUCUCCCGAUGCAGUAACAGCGUCAAGAUCGCAGAUGUUAUUUCAGUGAGACAUUUGAGACCACUGUGCACAUACAAGUCAGUGUUAGAUUAAAAAAAAAACUGUCAUUUAUACUGUGAGACUUCAUAUCAAGAAUGUAACUAAGUGAAUUUUGCUGAAUUGAUGAAGUGUUUACCACAACUACUGCUGCUGCUAUGUGGAACUGAAUGGAGGUUAAAGUGGAAAAUGAAGAAGUGUGUUUUUUUCAAGUGUUAGUUGGUCCACAAGCAGAAGAAACUUGUCACUAAAGAUAAAUAUUUCAAGUGUAUAACUGGAUAUCUGAGCAUGAAUAUUUGCUGACCUCUAGUGGUACUUUUCCAGAACUACAUUCCUUUUUAGGUUUAAUUUUUAUUCAAUUGUAUUGUUGUAUAUUAUGACUACUUGAUAUAUUAUAUGAUAUCAUUU